AUGAUUACCGUCGAUUGUGACGGCAACGGCGUCAACGAUAAUAACGCGACGGCGGUAUUACGAGACGCGGCGAGACGCGGUCCGGUCCGAGUGCGCGAUGCGGCGCGACGUCGCGACGUCGUUGGGCGAAACGGCCGGGGGUCGAACGGAAAACGCCGCCGCGGCAACAAUGACCGCGGACGAUCGGUCCGGACCGAGCGGUUCGCGGCGGUCCGCGGCCGGCGGAUCGUCCGGCGAUCCCGCGACGUUUCGCUCCGCGCACCGGGCGUGGAAACGGCCGCGGCGGACGCGAUACCGCGAAACUCUCACGCGGCGGGCUCGCCGGUUUCGGCGAAACGGCCCGUCAAACGGAUCGUGUUUCACCACCACCCGCCCGACGCGUGCGAAACAAGCGUGGACGAGCAGCCACCGCGCGCGUUCGAAUCCGCGGGUCCCGUGGUUACGCGCGCGUUAGAGCGUCAGCCCCGGUCCGGACGGUUCGACGGCAUCGCUCACGGACCCGGAACGACAAGCGAUUAA